CAGCACGGUGUCUGUUCAGAUGUUAUCCUCGGAUUAAAAAUGUAGACACCAACGCACAGAUGCUUUACAGAGGGACCAGACGAUUACUUUGUAGUGCAUCAUCUGAUAAUACUCUCGCAGAUGUAUCGAAAGCCCAAUUUACAGACGCAGAGGUCCAGGACAUUUUAACACGAAUUACAGGUCUGGACCUAGAGAAAGUCUUUCGACCGAUGAAACAAGAGCUGAAGCCGCCUAAUUAUAAACUCAUGACGGAUGCUCAGUUGGAGGAGGCUGUGCGGAAAGCCAAGGAGCAAGCUCAGAAACUUCUGGAAAUGCCUCCAGUUCUGCCUGAGAGGAAGCCUGUUGAUGAGAUCCUGUCUGAGGAUAAGAUUCUGGAGGGAAUGGACACAGCCAAAUAUGUUUUCACAGACAUCACCUUCAACAUCCCCCACAGGGAGCGAUUUAUUGUAGUAAGAGAGCCCACAGGAUCGCUAAGGAAAGCAACAUGGGAGGAGAGGGACAGGAUCAUACAGGUUUAUUUUCCCAGAGAAGGGCGUAAGCUCACAGCGCCCCCUAUCUUCAAGGAGGAGAACCUCAAGGUGGCCUUUCAGCAGAACAAGCAUGAAGAUGUGCUUAACCACUGUUUGGUCCAAUUUGAACCAGACUCUGCAGAAUUUAAGAAGGUCCAUGAGUUGACCUACGAGGACAUUGAGAAGCAUGGGAAAUAUGACAUCCUCAGAUCCACGCGUUUCUUUGGCGGUUUGACCUGGCACCUGGUCAACGCUCGCCGUGUCGACGGCCUACUAGUGGACAUGCUGCAGAGAGAUCUGGUGCAGGAUGCCGUGUGUCUGGUGCGUCUCUUUAACUUGGUGCAUCCUCAGAGUGACUCCGCCCAGCAAGCUCAGAGUCGGCAGGCUACAGGCCUGGAUCUCCUCAAGAUCUAUGCGGGGGCCGAGUCUCAGAGGGCUGGGUUUAUUGAGCUGGCGUUACAGAUGUAUGAACAGAACACGGCUCAGAGUUCAGUCUAGAGACAAACGUACAUCUCUAGUCUUCAGUUCUAACACACACACACACACUGAAACAGGCAAUGAUGAUGAUGAUGGAAAGUGUUUGUCUGGUCAUGUACAUAAAGAAAUAAACAGACAGUCUUUGUACAGUCUGUCUCUGCCUUUUUAUUAGUGACAUCAGUCUCUCUCGCUCCUGUCACAAGCAUCCAAACUUUACAGUUUCUCAUUCAUCACUGUAAUUAAACCAUGUUACUCCCUUUGAUAUUCAAUAAACAAUCACAAACUUU